AGCGAUACGCUGAUUGGUCAGCGCUCCUGUGCCCGUCUUGGACUCAUACAAACAAAACAGCUCAUGUCAUGAUUAUAGUGUGCUAAUGACAAUCAAACCAGGCUAACUUUUCGAAAACACAAACCCGGCUGAACUACCUCCUAUCCCAGCGACGAUGUUCUAACCCUGAUUUGGGGAAUCGCAAAGAAAUCCACGACAUGAAUUUCUCUGAGGUCUUCAAGCAAUCCAACCACCUUUGUAAAAUCUCCCCAGACGGGAAAUAUUUAGCUACCUGCGUUCAGUAUCGGUUGGUGGUACGGGAUGUGAGUACGCUGCAGAUCCUGAACCUCUACACCUGCCUGGACCAAAUAUCUCACAUGGAAUGGUCGUCUGACUCUCAGUUCAUCUUGUGUGCUAUGUACAAGAGAGCACUGGUGCAGGUGUGGUCGUUGGAACAGCCCGACUGGCACUGUAAAAUCGACGAGGGCUCGAUCGGCCUGGUCGCUUCUCGCUGGAGUCCAGACGGACGUCACAUUCUCAACACCACCGAAUUCCAUCUGAGGAUCACCGUGUGGUCCCUGUGCACCAAAGCUGUGUCUUACAUCAAGAAUCCCAAAGCUUGUCACAAGGGUAUUGAUUUCAGCAGAGAUGGCUGUUACAUGGCCUUGGCCGAACGUCGCGACUGCAAAGAUUAUGUUUGUGUGUUUGUGUGCGACGACUGGCAUUUGCUCAGGCAUUUUGAGACCGAGACGCAGGACCUGGCAGGGUUAGAGUGGUCUCCUAAUGGCUGCGUCCUGGCUGUUUGGGACAGCUGUCUGGAGUACAAGGUGUUGCUGUAUUCUCUGGAUGGCCGCUUGCUGUCCACUUACAGCGCCUACGAGUGGUCGCUGGGAGUCAAGUGUGUGGCCUGGAGCCCCAGCAGUCAAUUCCUGGCCAUUGGCAGCUACGACGAAAAAGUACGCAUCCUGAACCACAUCACAUGGAAGAAGAUCGCACAGUUUGAACACCCAGCAACAGUCACCUCUACGAAAGUUGUUGUGUAUAAGGAAGUGGAGAAAAGGUCAGCUGCCGGCAGUGAAGAACACACGCUACACAACAUAACGAUGGGCUCGAGUCUAUUAAGCCGUCGGAGCAAAUAUGAGAUUCACCCAGCUCCAGUUCAAAUGCCUGUGGUCAGACCAGACCCAGACAGGGCCAACCCCAAGAUCGGCGUCUCUACGUUGGCCUUCAGCUCAGACAGUCGCUACUUAGCCACCAAAAAUGGUCAGGCCUCACGUUCCCCUCACGUUGAUCACCACGUAUUUGAUGAGCAGCUCUCGGCGGCCCUGGAGAGCGCUUUCAGGAUGCUUGGUGGAUGUGCCUUUUUGACCGCAGAUAACAUGGCCAGCGUCAUCUGGGUGUGGGACAUGCAGAAGAUGAGCCUCGAGGCCGUGCUUGAGCAGACGUCGGCCGUGCGCUGCUUCCAGUGGGACCCGAAACGCUCGCGGUUGGCGAUGUGCACCGGCAACACCAAAGUUUACCUGUGGACCCCGACGGGAUGCGUUUCUGUCGAAGUCCCUAGCGAUGGCGGUUUCCAGGUCCAGCUGCUGACGUGGCACUGCCACGGGGAUCCUCUCAUCCUGCUUGGGAAGGAGCAACUGUGUUUGUGCUACACCAACACUGGCACUGAGGACAAGUGAUGCAAGCAGGCACAUAACUGGAAUUCACUUCCAGUGUAUUCUGACAUGAAAACUGGUCCAGUGAACUAAGGACUCAGCGCUCAGCUCCACCAGCGUAAUUUACUUGAAGUACUUUGUCAUACUGAACCUUUUGGAAAAUCUGACAUUGACCUUUUUGGAUUAAGAAAAAAAAACGUCUUCGAUAAAUACACACGAGGGCACUGGUUGUGAACACUGUGAGGUUGAUUGCGCAAGCUCUGAGCGAUCACUUUCUAUUUCUAAACAUUUGUACUUUCCCUUGACAUUUUUGUACGUUAUUUUGAAUAAAAUUUGACAGCCGAUUUUGGA